GUUUGUGCGACGGCGUUACGCAGAAGUACAUGACCGGUAGAUGCAGUCGCUUGUGUUUUGCCCUUGUUGAAUGCUACUCGUUUUGAAAAGUGUCGCCAUGUCAAAGCAGCCGUUGGGAAAGACGUUAUUGAGGAAUGUAAUCCGCCACACUGAUGCCCACAACAAGAUCCAGGAGGAGAUGGAGAUGUGGAAAAUGCGAGACUGGGAGAUCCAGAUGUCCCAUCACAAACAUUUGUCAGACUUACAGAGUGUCAGGGGAAGAAUGCACUGUGAUCGAGCAUCAGAUCAACGCAGAGACAUUGGUGGAAGUGGAGAGCGAGCUUCAGAACAUGAUGACAGGGAGGCUCGAUACUGGACUCGCAAACUUUAUGAAUUUGAGGCCGAAGACCCUGAAAGGUGGGGACAUAGCGGCUUCAAAGAGCUUUAUCCAGAGGAGUUUGAUAGUGAUUGUGAGAAAAAGGGUGCCAAAAAGAAGACUGGGCGCCACAAGACGAAGAAGUCCAAGUCAGAAGCAAAAUUAUCAAAACGAUCCAAAAAAUCAUCUCGGAAGAAAAAGAAGAAAAAGAAGAAAGAUGAGGAAGGAAAGCGUAAGAAAGCCGAGAGUUCGAGCAGCAGCCAUGAUAGCAGUGAUGAAAAAGACAAGCCGCAGAGGAAAAGGACUAAAAGUCGACAGAAAAGCCAAAAAAGCACAAAAAACAGAGGGAGGGAUGAGGACAGCAGCUCAGGACACAGUAAUGAUGAGGAAGAAAGUCGGACUCACCGCCAUAAGAAACGCAAACAGAGCUCCUACAAAGACUCAGACUCAGGGCCAUACUCAAAAAAGAAGAGGAAAAACUGGAAAGCAGCAGGUGAGGAGAGCUCAGGCGAUAGUACUGCAGACUGAGAUGAACAGACACGGACGUAAAAACAGCUCAGGGAAAGACCACGAAAGUACAGCAGAUUCUUUUGUUUGCCUUAACUUCACAGAGGGCUUUCUGCCUGCAGGGCCGUUCUGUUUUAGACUCUGUUAGACAUCAACAAACCUGCGCUGUCUGCUCCUUCUGUGGGCGUUGUGUGCAGUGAUAGCUCAUCCACCUCUGCAGUGGCUUGAAGCGCAGCAGAGCAGACAGCUUGAAGAGGGAUGGUGGGGUAACCACCACCACCUGGCUCAGGAAGAAUCCUGUCAGCUGCAGGCUCAUUGAUUGAUCAUUGACUCUUACCUCAGACUGUCUGCAUCAUGAGGAGACCCCUGUGUCCUUGAUUGACUUCCUUUUUUAGCCUUUUCUGUUUUAGAAAAAAGAACAACUAUGCAACUUUCUUCCUGUCAUUACAGACUGUAUAUUUUUAAUCAGUAUUUUUUUAUAUUUGUAUUAAGCACAUUUUUGAUGAUUGAAAAAUAAACAUCUAUGUUGCUGUU